UUUUGACGUUUGCAGCAGACCUGAUUUGGUGGAUCCCCCCCUCCACAUAUUUAUCUGGAUUUAACCUUUUUUUAUUAUUGGAAUAUAAUAAUUUUCCACCUCCCCACUCCCACAUUUUUUUUUUUUUUUUUACAGAUUUAUCAAAUCCACUCAAAACUUUCCCAGAAACGGUUUGUGACUUUGGAACAAGCGCUCUCGACGCAAACUCUCUGCCAUGGCAAACUCUUGCCUCCAGCUGUGCGGCUUUCUCCUGAGCAGCCUGGGCUGGCUCGGGGUCGUGAUCGCCACGUCCACGAAUGACUGGGUGACCAUGUGUAAGUACGGCGUGACCACCUGUAAGAAGAUGGAUGAGCUGCAGUCCAAGGGACCCUGGGAGGAGUGCGUCAUCUCCACGGCACUCUACCACUGUGUCGCCUUUACACAGAUCCUGGAGCUGCCAGCCUACAUCCAGACCACUCGAGCCCUAAUGAUCCUGGGGUCGAUCAUGGGUCUCCCUGCGGUGAUUCUCCUUCUCAUGUCUAUGCCUUGCAUCAGCAUUGGAAACGACGCGCAGAGCGCCAAGAACAAGCGGGCCAUCCUGGGAGGAGUGCUGAUGGUUGUUGUUGCAUUGUGCGCUUUGGUGCCAACCAUCUGGUUCCCCAUCGGUGCCAACCAAGAGCUCGGCCUCAUGUCUUUCGGCUUCUCCCUCUACGCCGGAUGGGUGGGCACCGUUUUCUGCCUGCUGGGCGGCGUGAUGCUCAUGUGCUCGUCGGACUCCUCUGCCUCCUCUCCACGCAGCUACCAGGACAACAACCACUAUUACUACUCCAAACACGGAGGCGGCAGCCUGCCAGCCGCCUCCUCCAACCAUCACGCCAAAAGUGCCCACGUCUAAGGUUGGAGACGCCGGCGGUCCCGCGGGGAUUCUUUGUACAUAGAGACAUUUGCACAAAAGGCAAACAUUUACGACGUCCGUGUUUUACCGUACGAUGUGAAGGGAUGUAGACGCAAACAGCACAGAGAUAGAACAUUUAAUUACAAACAGUUUGAUCCUUGUUUUUGUCCUAAAGUGCCAAUUUUCCAACCUCCACACAAAGAGGUGUGGCGCAGACUCACCCCACUGUUACAUAAAUGUACAAUCUCAUAAUAACAAAGGUUUGUCUAAUGAGUACCCUGGUGACCGAAUCUCAUCAGGGUCUUUGUCACCGAGUACAAUUUUAAAUCUCUUUAAUAUUUUUCUUUUGAUCAAAUAUGGGUGUGGUUGUUGUGUUAAUUUUUGUUUUAGCUAAAUUGUUCUUCUGUACAUGGAUUUUUGUUUUUGUUUUUUUGGGGACAGUAUUACUAACUCCUGAGUGAUGGACUUGAUUAAAACGAUUUAGCGCUGUGUUCAGCUAGACCUGACGUGAAGGUUUACCAAGCAGAGUUUAUAUCUUUGUAAAAGAAUUGGAAUUUACAGAGUAAAUGUUUUUGUUGUUGUUUUAACAGUCAACAAAGAGCAAAAAUUAAAUGUCACGUUUCAGAUAUACACUUUUUUUUUAACUAAUUUUGUUGUUUUAGGUGUAAUGAUCACUUGUUUGACAAACAUGCGGCAUUAAAACAUUUCUUAACCACACGUCCUAGUGUCGAGCUGCUAUUUAUGUUUUGCAGGCAUGUAAAAAAAAAAAA